ACAUUUCCCACAAUUCAAAGCGGUACGUCGUAUUCGCAGGAGCAGAGCGACAGACGCAUCUGAUCUCGAAGAUAUGUGCGGCUCGGACUGAAGUAAAAAAACGUUUUGUGUUUAAGGUUUUCCCGGUGGAAAUGUCUUUGUCGUCCCAGCUGAGCUCAGACACAACGAACCGGAGGAGAAGACCGGGUGAGCACACGCAAGGUGUGAGGCGUCAUUCCAGUGAAGACAGCUGGGAGGAGAUCCAGAGCAGGAGAACCAUCAGGGCUGAGAACGAGGUGGAGGCCAAUAAACUGGUCAACAACUACAGGUUCGGUUUCAGAAAAUGGAAAAGCCACGUGACGGAGCGACCGUUUGAAGACCGCUCAGAAGUUGUGAAAGAGCUCUACUCUGAACUAAACAUCAUCAAACCACAUGCAGAUCAGUUCAUCACAUGUGGAAAUGUUUUGUAUGUGCUCCUCUUUGGUUGGUGGGUGUCUCUGGUAUAUUUAGUAGUCGGCGCUCUGAUGUUCGUCACUGUCAUCGGGAUACCUUAUGGUAAACUUUGCUGGAAGCUGUGCUGCUACUUCCUCUGGCCAUUUGGCAACACGAUCCACGAGAUUGGGAACACGCUAAGGAGAUGUUGCGAGGAAGCACCAGACUGUGAGUGCAGUGUGACUGUGGAGGACAACUCACCAGUUCUGCUGCCAUCACCUGCAGAGGUACCAACUCCAGAGGUACCAACUCCAGAGGUACCAGCUCCAGAGGUACCAGCUCCAGCGGUACCAGCUCCAGAGGUACCAGAUCGACCUCUGUGGACCCCCUACUGGCAUCGUCUCUCCACCUAUGUGUGGUUGCUCCUGGGAUAUCCUCCCCUCGUCAUCAUUCACUCUCUGGUCUGCUUCAUCUCCUGGAUCCUGGUCUUCACCAUCCCAGUCUCUAAGAUGAACGCUCAAACUCUUAGCAUCAUUCUCCUCCUGCCUCCUGAGGACGUCCUCAUCUCGACCAGCUCACACAGAAAGCAUCAAGGCUAUGAGACCAGAGCGCUGCUGUGCUGCUACCGCGCUGCAAACUGGUACUACUACAAGUACGCUGUUGAUGGGAUCAAUGUGUUUGCUGUCAACCUCCUCCCUCUAGUUAUUGUAGCUCUGGUAAUCGGAUAUGUUGACAAAGAAAACCAGCUUGCCAGUUCUGAUGUGAAGUUCGCUAUGGCCAUCAGCUCCAUCAUACCUCUCUCAUAUUAUAUUGGUAUGGGCAUUGCCAGCAUCUCCGCUCAAAGUAACUUUGCUGUCGGCGCCGUGGUCAAUGCCACAUUUGGCUCCAUCACAGAGCUGACCUUUUACAUCACAGCCCUGCUCAGAGGUCACCGGGCAACCAACCCGUGUCUGCAGGAAGUGGUUAAGGCGGCUCUGACUGGAACUCUGCUUGGCUGCAUCCUCUUCAUCCCUGGCAUCUGCAUGAUCAUUGGAGGCCUGAAACACCAGGAGCAAAGAUUCAACAGUCGAUCUGCCGGAGUGAGCUCUGCGUUGCUUUUCAUCUCAGUGGGAGGUGUGUUUGCCCCCACGUUGUUCUCCAAGGCUUAUGGAAACCUGGUGUGUGACGCCUGCAGCAGCAUCAACGCCACCAGCAACAGCAGCGGACCGUUCGUGUGCCACAACUGCCACUAUGAUCUAAAAAACGGUACACUGUUCCACGACCACAUCGAGCCUCUGGUGUACACAGUGUCUGUUCUCCUGCCUGCUGCCUACGUCAUCGGUUUGAUAUUUACUUUGAAAACACACUCUCACAUCUAUAACAUCCAUGUUGGAGAAGUGCAGGUGGGCGGCCACCAUGGGACAGUUGUCCACUGGUCACGGUGGAGGUCUCUGCUCAUCCUCAUCGUCGCCACCGUGCUCAUGUCUGCGUGUGCGGAUCUCGCCACCGAGCACAUUCAGCCGAUUCUCAACCAGCCCAACAUUUCUCAGUAUUUCAUCGGUGUGACGGUUCUCGCGAUGGUCCCGGAGAUCCCGGAGAUUGUAAAUGGGAUUCAGUUUGCUCUGCAGAACAACAUCAGUCUAAGUUUGGAGGUUGGAAGCUGUAUAGCUGUGCAGGUCUGCAUGCUACAGAUCCCAAUCCUGGUUUUAUUUAAUGCUUUCUGUGAUGUGGGAUUUGUGCUCGUGUUCAGUGACCAGCACAUGUGGGCCAGCAUCUUCAGUGUUAUUCUAGUCAACUACAUCUUCAUGGAUGGAAAGUCUGAUUAUUUCCAGGGCACAGCUCUGGUGGUUGUCUACCUUAUCCUCCUGGCUCUGUAUUUCUUUGCCCCGUCUCCAGCUGGCUGUUAGGACCACGACUAACCCUCACAUCAAGCCUGAAGGACUUUCGCGGAUCAAAGUCAGGCUUGAGUCUCUUUCACACCAAAUCCAGAAAGGUCUGGCUUCUGCACGACUUCUGCAUUGAUCAAAAACCAUCUAGCCCAAUCAGAGCAUCAACACCGGCCGCGGUGUGGUACAGAUCUGAAUGCAAAGCUCCAGAAAGUUUCCACAUAAUCUAUUUUUCUGAACGCUGCAUACAGAUUGUCCUGAAGUUAGAUUACAUGAGCCAGGCAGGAAGUGAGACGUGUUUCAGUAAGAUGCAUCCGGUAUAUUUCAAAAUAAAAUCCGUGUUGCAUUGUU